CCAGGCAUAGCCCAUUUAGCUGCCAACAGGUCCAUUAUACUCUUUCAACGUAAGUCUCAACUUUCAAGUCUCAUUUCUCAACCCACCAGAGGAACGAAGAGAUAUAUAUUACCUUAUUUUGGUUCCCGCCAUCAAUGAUCACCCAAACUUCAUUUCACUACGAACAAGCUCUCCGUUCAUUGCAUCGUUAAGGUUUAACUCAACAAUUGCAGCGAAGUAUUGCGGUGAAACAUCAUGUCAAAUAUUACGGUGUGUGCACGCUUUAGGCCUUCGAAUACACAAGAGAAGCAAAACAAUGACUCUGGCUGCAUUCGAUGCAUAGACACCGAAUCUUUCAUUUUCAAGGACGAGAAGGACGAAGAAUUCGUGUUUAGCUUUGAUAGAGUGUUCUAUGAAAAAUCUGAGCAAGCUGAUGUCUAUCAGUUCCUAGCUCUUCCCAUUGUUAGAGAUGUUGUUGAUGCACUCAAUGGGACAGUUAUCACUUACGGCCAGACUGGAGCUGGGAAGACAUAUAGUAUGGAGGGACUCGGAAUACUUGAAUGUGAUGAACAAAAGAAGGGGCUGCUUCCAAGAGUUGUAGAAGGAAUUUUUGAUUCCUUAAAUUUCGAAGACAAAAUAUAUUCAAUUAAAUUGUCAAUGGUUGAAAUCUACAUGGAAAAAGUAAGGGAUCUAUUUGAUUUAUCCAAAGAUAAUAUACAAAUUAAGGAGAGUAAAUCACGAGGAAUAAUUUUACCUGGUGUUACAGAGAUCACUGUACUGGACCCCGCUGAAACAUUACAAAGCCUAUCUAGGGGAAUAGCUAACCGGGCAGUUGGUGAGACCCAAAUGAACGUGGCCAGCAGCAGAAGUCACUGCAUUUAUAUAUUCACAAUUCAGCAAGAAUUUUCCAGUGAUAAAAGGAUGAGGUCCGGAAAACUAAUUCUAGUGGACUUGGCUGGGUCAGAGAAAGUGGAGAAAACUGGUGCUGAGGGAAGAGUUCUAGAAGAAGCCAAGACCAUAAACAAGUCCUUGUCUGCUCUUGGGAAUGUAAUAAAUUCUCUUACGUGUGGUUUGCAAGGAAAAGCAAGCCAUAUCCCUUACCGUGAUUCCAAGCUCACUCGAAUUCUUCAGGACGCACUUGGAGGAAAUGCUAGAACUGCUUUACUCUGUUGUUGCUCCCCCAGCGCUUUAAAUGCACCCGAGAGUCUGUCCACACUUCGUUUCGGAGUAAGGGCGAAACAUAUAAAGGCGUCGCCCCGUGUUAAUUACAGUGAGGAAAAAUGCGACAAUAGUUUCAGUGUUUCUUCUCCAUCUGGCGACACAAGUUUCGGUGCUUCUUCUCCAUCUGGCGACACAAGUUUCAGUGCUUCUUCUCCAUCUGGCGACGAAUCUAGCGCUACAAUUUUGAACAAGUUGAGGGAAAAAUUGAAUGCUGAAGAUGUGAAGUUACUAGAGGAAGUGUUCAUACAAGAGGGCAUUCUGUUUGAACCUCCAUCAGUAGAAGAGGAGUCAGACAUAGAAGAACUUAUCUUGCGGACAAUAUCCUCACUACAAGCAGCCGUGGAAGAGCUCACAGUUACUGUUAAUGAGCUUAAAAGGGAGAAUAGCAUUCUUAGGGCCAAAGUUGAUGCAUCCGCGGAAUCUCUGUUCCACAAGGGAGCAGAUAAUAAUAGUUCGUUUUUCCAAAAUAAGAUUUCAGGUAUCCUGACUUACUUCUUUAGCUGGUUGGUUUACACUUCUCCCAGACGAUGGCAAUAACUACAUUCACAUAUCAUGCCUUGGCGGCCUUUAAAUACUUUCGAAAUUGUAUCGUACGUUUGUGGUUACAAUGGAUAAGCAUAAUAUCUGCAGACAAGGCGUCAAGGCCGAUUCCUGAAAUUCACGCACUCAGGCCAUUGAUCUCAAUAAAAAAAAUCGUUUGUUAACUUUUGCUAGUAACUAACAAUUGUUUUAUACGAAUAAUAAUUUGGCAUGGAUGUCUGUCUACUGUACCUCUCCAAUAGAUUCAAUCAGAUCAUAAUUUAAUUCACGAAGACGACGAUGUCAUCAGUUUGGCACAGUGGAUCCAUAGGUUCACGAGUAGCCAAAAAUAUAGGGCUUGAUAAUCUCAGCAUGACACGAACCAUUUGGACUAAUUUAAUGUGUUUUGAUUUUUACACUGUUGUACGCAAUGGCCAUACAGUUUAAUCUUAGGGUAAGAGGCACUAGAUUCCAUGGCUGUGGUUUGUGCUGGUAUGCAAUGUAAUCUGGAACUGGAUUUCUUAUAAUAACUAAUAAGACACAACAUUCAAUCAAUAACGUGCAACACGAGCCUUGGUUAGAUGAAUGUAG